UUUAUUUUAACUAAAAGUUUUUGCCGUUCUUAUGAGCGAUGAUCAACAAGUGUCUCAGCACAAGUUCAAACUUGGCAGAAUUAUAGCGUCUCCAGAUAAAGAAACAAGACAAAAGGGCAUAGCCACUUUGAAAUCUUGGUUAAAAAAGUAUACCAAGCCUACUGAACUAGACUAUCUCAAAGUAUGGAAGGCUCUAUUUUACUGUGUUUGGGUGACUGAUAACUCUAUCGUCCAUUAUGAAUUGGUUCAAAAACUGGCAAAACUAGUCCAUGAUUUACCUGAUAACAGCUGCUUUUUUUUAUUUGUUAUUUCUUUUUACAAAACAAUUAAUAGAGAAUGGCAAGGGAUUGAUAAAUAUAGAAUUGAGAAGUAUUUAUGGCUUAUGCGGUUUUUUUUCUACGAAUGCCUUUGCUUUUUGCAAAAACAAGAUUGGAAUGAAGAGUUGAUAGACACUUAUAAUGUGAUCCUUUUAGAAAAUGUGUUUAUAACUAAAGAGCAUGAUGUCUACUUGGGUAUUAAAAUGCACCUUGUUGAUGUUUUUUUUGAAGAAAUUAAAAAGAUAUUUGGCGACGAAUUUUGGACAGCUUCUACCUCUAUUCUCCUUACUAUUUUCUAUCCAUUCUUUUGCAUAUUGUCUAGUUCAAAUGAUACCGCGCUCAAAGAUCAUGUUGAACAAAACAUUUUUGAUGAGCUUUUGAUAUUUUUCUUUAAUUUGAAGAUCAAGCUUGCCUCAGCCGAAGAUAAAACCCCAGACUUAGAAUCAAUUCGUAAAUCAAUGUCAGACCUGGCAAAAUUGAUUUAUGUCUUCAACAAUUUUUUGUUUUCUCUUGCCUCAUCCAAAAAAACAUCUAAUGUCUGUCGUAAACAACUUUAUCAAAUCCAUCAAAAUAUAAAAUCAAAUAUGGAGAACUUGAACGAAAAUGAAGAAGAGGUUGAUGGCGAUGGACAUGGGCCUCAGAGUACCAAUAAUGAUACUGACGAAAAUAAUGAAAUUAGUGUAGAUUCAAUUGAUACAGAAAAUGAUAGGCCCUGUAAAAAGGGGACAUAUGUCUCUGACAACAUACAAGAGCAAACUUUUGCUUCCGUGUUUCUGCGUUCUAAAAAAGCUCCAGAUACAGUUAGACAAUCUAUUAAAUCUAAUAAUUUUAAAAGACGUAAACUUAUUCGAGCUAGAUGUAAUAGCUUAUGCACUAAAUUAGUAUCAACAAACAUACCACCACCGAGCGUUUGCUGUAAUCAGCAGAUUAAUCAAUUAACAAGUACUAUGGUCAAUUGCGGUUUUUCUGAUGACAAAACUCAGUUAGAACCACUUACUGCAUCUAAUACCCUUUCAUACGUUGAUAUGUCAACAAAAAAUGAACAGUCUACAGGUGACUCACUGACGGAUUUGCCGUCAAGUAUCUACUCAAAUUCUAUCUUGGAUAGGCCGCCAGCAAAAAGGGUUAAAAUAAAGAAAGUUUGUUUUAACUCUAUAGCUAUGGUCAAAAGAUAUUCAACCAAAGAGAGAAUUCAACCUAUCUUGCCAAUAUCAUUAACUUCGCAGCCUAUUAGAAGCAUUUUAAAAAAAAAAAUUAAGUGUAGGACCAAACACCACGCUCUACUACAUAUCAAUUCUCCAUCUAAAAAUGAAAUUAUAUAAAAUUUAUUGAUACUAGAUUGAUUUAAACUCAAUUAAAGUUU